GAGGUUCACACUUCACGCAGCCCACUCAUCAUCACUUCCUCUUUCUCUCUCAUCAUCUCCACACAUUUCUUAAUCUCUUUCUCUCUCUAACAAAAACAUGCAACUUCUUCAUGUUCCUUCUUCGCUGUAUCUCUCAUUCCAAAACGUGAAAUCACAUGAAGAUGCCGGAUUACUAUCUUCAUAUGAGAAGCCUCUUCAGUCUUCAACGGCUGUAUUUUGUUCGCUUCAGCAACAAAGACCUGAAAGGUCCAAAUGGGUUUCGCGCAGAGACUCUGUAUUGAGCUCCUUCACUACUAAAGCUGCUUCUUUGGAAGAUGUAGUUGGUGCUGAUGAAAUUUUAAAGGCGGAAGCUGAGAAAGAUGUACUCAAAGCGUUGUCUCAGAUCAUCGAUCCAGACUUUGGGACGGACAUUGUCUCGUGUGGAUUUGUGAAAGAUCUGGACAUCAAUGAUGCUUCGGGAGAGGUUUCAUUUCGGUUAGAGCUCACUACACCGGCAUGUCCAAUAAAGGACAUGUUUGAACAACAGGCAAAUGAGGUGGUGAACGCACUUCCUUGGGUUAAGAGUGUCAGUGUGACUAUGUCAGCGCAGCCAGCGAAACCAAUUUAUGCUGGCCAACUUCCGGCAGGGUUACAGACGAUUUCAAAUAUUAUAGCAGUUUCUAGUUGUAAGGGAGGUGUGGGAAAAUCAACCGUAGCGGUAAACUUGGCAUACACUUUGGCUGGUAUGGGUGCUAGGGUUGGUAUAUUUGAUGCUGAUGUCUAUGGUCCAAGUUUACCGACAAUGGUCUCCCCUGAGAACCGAAUACUAGUGAUGAACCCAGAGACGAAAACGAUAAUUCCUACAGAAUACUUGGGAGUGAAAUUGGUGUCUUUUGGAUUUGCCGGGCAAGGGCGUGCCAUAAUGCGAGGCCCUAUGGUUUCUGGUGUCAUCAACCAACUUCUAACUACAACUGAGUGGGGAGAGCUGGAUUACCUUGUUAUUGACAUGCCUCCUGGAACUGGUGAUAUUCAGCUUACGUUGUGCCAGGUUGUUCCAUUAACUGCUGCUGUUAUCGUUACCACCCCUCAAAAGCUAGCUUUUAUUGAUGUUGCAAAAGGAGUUCGCAUGUUUUCAAAGCUUAAGGUACCGUGUGUUGCUGUAGUCGAGAAUAUGAGCCAUUUUGAAGCUGAUGGGAAACGCUAUUACCCAUUUGGUAAAGGAUCAGGCUCUCAGGUUGUGCAGCAGUUUGGUAUCCCGAAUCUGUUUGAUCUUCCCAUUAGACCAACUCUAUCUGCUUCCGGAGAUAGUGGAACGCCCGAAGUGGUAGCUGAUCCCCUAGGUGAAGUUUCGAAGAUAUUUCAGGAUCUCGGGAUAUGUGUCGUGCAACAGUGUGCUAAGAUUCGCCAACAAGUGUCAACAGCUGUGAUGUACGAUAAAUCUAUCAAGGCAAUAAGAGUGAAGGUACCGGAUUCAGAUGAAGAAUUUCUUCUCCAUCCUGCAACUGUGAGGCGGAAUGACCGCUCUGCACAAAGUGUGGAUGAGUGGACGGGGGAGCAAAAGUUGCGGUUUGAUGAUGUUCCAGAAGACAUCGAACCUGAAGAGAUUCGGCCUAUGGGGAAUUAUGCCGUUUCAAUAACGUGGCCAGACGGAUUUAGUCAGAUUGCGCCCUACGAUCAGUUGCAGACAAUCGAGCGGCUAGUUGAUGUUCCUCGGCUAGUUCCGUCCCAGGUUUGAUUGCUUCAAGUGAUUAUUAAUGGAUUAUACGGUUUCACGGAUCCUUUACACAGUUACUAGUUUUUACUGUAAAAUUAGGCUGGAGUUGUGACGUUCCUGGAUUCAGGGCAUGUACGUAUGAGACCAUUCCAAUAAUAAUAUUCACUUUCUCAUCCUCUUCAA